AUGACUACCAUCUCAGAAGCACCUCAGCCACCACCACACAGCACAACGAAACCUCAGAUUCUACCGUGCAGGUAUAAGACGGGCAAGACACUAGGCGCUGGCAGCUACAGUGUUGUCAAGGAGUGUGUACAUAUCGACACGGGCCGAUAUUAUGCAUCCAAGGUCAUCAAUAAGAGACUCAUGGCAGGGAGGGAACACAUGGUGCGAAAUGAAAUUGCAGUUUUAAAGAAGGUCUCAAUGGGCCACCAGAAUAUUCUUACUCUGGUGGACUACUUCGAAACUAUGAAUAACUUAUAUCUCGUGACCGAUCUUGCACUAGGAGGAGAGCUCUUCGACAGAAUUUGUCGAAAGGGAUUUUAUUAUGAAUCCGAUGCUUCUGACAUCAUCCGUGCAACACUAUCGGCUGUUGCCUACCUCCAUGACCAUGGGAUUGUACAUAGGGACUUGAAGCCAGAAAACCUUCUUUUCAGGACUGCAGAAGACAACUCUGAUCUAUUGAUUGCGGAUUUUGGUCUUUCGAGGAUCAUGGAUGAGGAGCAAUUCCACGUGCUCACGACCACUUGUGGGACACCAGGAUAUAUGGCACCCGAAAUUUUCAAAAAGACGGGUCACGGGAAGCCAGUUGACGUAUGGGCAAUCGGGGUUAUCACAUACUUUUUGCUCUGUGGGUAUACUCCAUUUGAUCGUGAUUCUCACGUGGAAGAAAUGCAAGCAAUUCUUGCUGCAGAUUACAAGUUUGAACCAAAAGACUAUUGGGAAAACGUCUCAGAAACAGCCCGUGAUUUUAUUCGCAAAUGCCUCACUGUUGAUCCAACGGACCGGAUGACCGCACAUAAGGCGCUAGAGCACCCGUUCCUAAGUGAGGACCACCUGGGAAAAUCGGCAGAUUUGCUCCCGGUUGUGAGGAAGAACUUUAAUGCCAGAAGAACCCUCCACGCAGCGAUCGAUACAAUAAGGGCCAUCAACAAGCUGAGGGAAGGCGGCGUUAUGGAUGGUGCCCUUAGUAUCAGUCCCGAAAACCAGAAGGAGAGGGAGAGUGGGGAGAAGACUAUAGGACUCUGGAGGAAACCAGCUGGGGGCUUGAUGAAGAAUUAG